AUGUUCAAAUUAUCAUUACCCCGGUUUCUUAUCUUCGCACAUUUUUGGCCCGUAUGGCCGGUAUAUUUCGUUCUCUGUCUAUCGGACGUGUCAUCGGCUAUCAAGUUAAGAUUUGAUUCUGCCGAUGUUAUUGUCCGAGAUAUCGCUGUCGUGGGCGGAGGGGCAAGUGGGACAUACGCUGCCAUUCGGUUGCAACAAGACUUUAAUAAGUCUGUUGUGGUGGUGGAGAGAGAAAAAACUUUGGGAGGGCAUACGCAUACAUACCAUGAUCCUGUUACUUCAUCAACUAUCGAACUCGGUGUUGUGGCUUUUCACGACCUACCUUUGGUACACGACUUCUUCUCUCGCUUUGAUAUACCUUUAACGAAAUUGUUUUUCAACUCAAGCCUUCCAAGUGUUGAUUUCCAUACCGGUCAGCCGGUUUACGUGCCUGCUAGUCUAAACGCAACAGAGGGAACAUUCGCAAGAUGGAACCGGAAUUUAAUGCGAUUUCCCAACCUCAAUGAGGGCUACAACUUCCCAUUGCCGGUACCAGAUGACAUUUGGCGCCCAUUUAGUCAGUUUGCACACAUUCAUAAUCUGACUGCUAUCAUUCCAUAUAUCUGGACAAUCGAUCAAGGAAUCGGAGAUAUUCUGAAUCUACCAACAUUAUAUGUUAUGAAAAGCUUCGGACCACAGAUGUUGCGCAGUUUAUCAAGAGGCUUUCUAGCAACUGUCAGGCAAAACAACCACGAGGUAUACGACAAAGCACUAGUGCAUCUACAGGAGACUAAAAGCGUGCUCCUUAACAGCUCAAUUUUGGACAUGGACCGGGAUGCUCCCGGACCGUAUGGACAUGCUAUCAUCGCCACACCCUCUGGCCACAAGCUCGUCCGGGUCAAACAAUUCCUUUUUACCCUUCCUCCAACAUUGGAUGUCUUGACUGGUUUCGAUCUAGACCACGAAGAAACUUUGUCAUUUUCUUGUUUCGAACGUAUGGACUACUUUAGCGGUCUUCUUCGGAAUACACCUAUCCCUCAAAAUGCAACUUUUUCUAACAAAGCCACAAACCCGGACACAUAUUAUCUCCCACGUUUACCAACCACAUAUACUCUGGGCCCAACAAAUGCUCAAUCCUCCCUUACGAAUGUCAAGUUCGGCAGUAAUAUCUCCAUGUCCGUUGAGCAGGUUCAAAGUCAGAUCAUCGAUGAGACGGGUCAAGUUAUUCCUGGGAAACCUGCACGGUUCGAAGCAUUCGUCAAUCACGGACCUUACGCGCUCCGUGUUUCACCAGAAUUGAUUCGCAGUGGGUUUUACCAAAGGCUGAACAACCUUCAAGGUCGUCGCCGCUCCUUUUGGACUGGUGCUGCCUGGCAUACUCACGAUAGCAGUCUGCUGUGGAAUUUCACCGAAACAAUAAUCUCUAAGAUGCAGCAGGAUUGGAUUUGA